GAUCCUCGCUACAGACUCAUCGCCGUCUCUCAGUGAGGCUUAAUUAGCUAACAUCUCUACGUACCGCCAAGCCUGAACAACAAUCAUGCGUGAAUGUAUCAGCAUCCAUGUCGGCCAGGCCGGUGUCCAGAUGGGCAAUGCAUGCUGGGAACUGUACUGUCUGGAACACGGAAUCCAGCCGGACGGUCAAAUGCCCUCAGAUAAAACCAUCGGUGGUGGGGACGACUCCUUCAACACCUUCUUCAGUGAGACUGGGGCAGGGAAGCACGUGCCCCGGGCUAUCUUCGUUGACCUGGAACCUACUGUUGUCGAUGAAGUGCGUACUGGAACAUACCGUCAACUUUUCCACCCUGAGCAGCUUGUUACCGGCAAGGAAGAUGCCGCAAACAACUAUGCCCGUGGUCAUUACACCGUGGGGAAAGAACACAUCGACUUGGUUUUGGACCGAAUCCGCAAGCUGGCUGACCAGUGUACCGGCCUUCAGGGCUUUCUCAUCUUCCACAGCUUUGGAGGAGGUACUGGCUCUGGAUUCACCUCCCUUCUCAUGGAACGUUUGAGCGUCGACUAUGGCAAAAAAUCCAAGCUGGAGUUUGCGAUAUAUCCCGCACCUCAAGUGUCCACGGCUGUGGUCGAGCCCUACAAUUCCAUCCUAACCACCCAUACCACCCUGGAGCACUCCGACUGUGCCUUCAUGGUCGACAACGAGGCCAUCUACGACAUUUGUCGACGUAAUCUCGACAUCGACCGUCCAACCUACACUAACCUGAACCGUCUCAUUGGUCAGAUCGUCAGUUCCAUCACGGCUUCUCUCCGAUUUGACGGCGCCCUCAAUGUCGACUUGACUGAGUUCCAGACCAACCUGGUGCCCUAUCCACGUAUCCAUUUCCCCCUGGCUACCUACGCACCGGUGAUCUCUGCAGAGAAGGCUUACCACGAGCAGUUGUCUGUGGCUGAAAUCACCAACGCUACUUUCGAGCCAGCCAACCAAAUGGUGAAAUGUGAUCCACGUCACGGCAAAUACAUGGCCUGCUGUAUGUUGUACAGAGGUGAUGUCGUCCCCAAAGACGUCAACGCUGCCAUUGCUACCAUCAAGACAAAGAGAACCAUCCAGUUCGUCGAUUGGUGUCCCACUGGGUUCAAGGUCGGCAUCAACUACCAGCCACCAACUGUCGUUCCUGGUGGCGACUUAGCCAAGGUCCAACGCGCACUGUGUAUGUUAAGCAACACAACCGCCAUUGCUGAAGCUUGGGCUCGUCUUGACCACAAGUUUGACCUGAUGUACGCCAAACGUGCCUUCGUCCACUGGUACGUGGGAGAGGGUAUGGAGGAGGGAGAGUUCUCCGAAGCUCGGGAGGAUCUGGCUGCUCUGGAGAAGGAUUACGAAGAGGUUGGCGUCGACUCUAUCGAUGAAGAUGCCGAAGAUGAGGGAGAUGAAUAUUAGACAUCGAACUUCCUGACGCAUUGACGAACAAAGUCACUGGCACAGAAUAAAAAAAUAUGUAGUAAAAGUA